AUGUCUAACAGGCACACGAUUAUUCUCAUGCAAGCGUCUCACAACAGGGCGAGUCGUACUUUCAUGGACUACGAUUCUAUCAGCCAAGCAAUGGAUGGAAUUUGUGGGCUUUAUGAACGGAAACUGAAGGAGCUAAAUCCAGCAUCAAGAAAUAUCACAUACGAUAUAUCGGAUCUUUACAAUUUUAUUGAUGGGCUUCAUGACUUCAGUGCUUUAGUCUAUGAUCAUUCGAUCCAAGCUUACCUACCGUACGAUCGACAAUGGAUCAAGCAGAAAACGUUACAGCACUUGAGGAAAUUGGCACACUAG